UGACAGCUAUGGAUUAUGUGGAGCCUAUGGUAACUGUGUUCGGUACAAUGGUGAAUUCGACUGCACUUGUCUUCCCGGGUACCAGCCCAAAUCACCUCAAGAAUGGCAUCGGAAAGGUGGGUCAGGCGGGUGCGUUAGGAAGAAUCAGACGCCACUCUGCAGAAACGGUGAAGGGUUCGUAGAGGUGACAAAUGUGAAGGCUCCGGAUACUUCAGUUGCCCGUGUAUUGGCAAAUUUGGAUAUGAAAGCUUGUAAAAAUGAGUGCUUGAGGAAUUGUUCAUGCACUGCAUAUGCAAGUCUAGGUACGACAGAAGGAAGUGGAUGUUUGACAUGGUAUGGUGAUUUGCUAGAUACAAGAGUAUUUACAGAAGGUGGACAAAGUAUAUAUGUGCGUGUGGAUGCACUUGAGUUAGCUCAAUAUGCAAAUAAGCGCAAGGACCUUCUUGCAAGGAAAGGGAUAUUGGUAAUUAUGAUACUGUCCGUAGCUACAGCAGUUUCCUCUCUUGUUCUUUUCUCAUACUGCUUGGUGAGGAGGCAGAGGAGAUUAUCACAAAAUGGGCAACAUGAAAUGUUUAUCUGUAGUUCUAGUACUCUCCCAGAUGAUCAUCCAAGGGAAAAGGAGCUUGACAGAUCUGGAAGUGAUCCACAUUUACCUUUCUUCGAUAUAGACACAAUAGUUGAAGCAACUGACAAUUUUUCCAACAAACUUGGAGAAGGUGGUUUUGGCUCAGUGUAUAAGGGUCAACUAUCAAAUGGACAAGAAAUAGCAGUGAAAAGAUUAUCUAAACAGUCAGGACAGGGGAUAAAAGAAUUCAUGAAUGAAGUACAGUUGAUAUCAAAACUCCAGCACAGAAACCUUGUCAGGCUUUUUGGUUGUUGCAUUCAUAAAGAAGAUAAGAUGCUAAUCUAUGAAUAUUUACCAAACAAAAGCUUGGACUACUUCAUCUUUGAAAAGUCAAGGAAGCAACUAUUGGACUGGAAAAAGCGUUUUGAAAUUAUUUUUGGCGUAGCUCGAGGAGUUUUAUAUCUACAUCAAGAUUCAAGAUUAAAAAUCAUCCACAGGGAUUUGAAAGCAAGCAAUAUUCUAUUAGAUGCUUCAAUGGAGCCAAAAAUUUCAGACUUUGGGUUGGCUAAAUUGUUCAAGGAACAUCAAAUUGAAGCCAUUACAAAGCAAGUGGUUGGAACAUAUGGCUAUAUGUCUCCGGAAUAUGCAAUGGAUGGUCUAUAUUCUGUAAAAUCUGAUGUCUUCAGCUAUGGUGUCUUAAUACUAGAGAUCAUAAGUGGCAAGAAAAACACCGAGUAUGACAAAGAAAGCCCUUCUCUGAAUUUGAUAGGGAACGUUUGGAAGCUAUGGAGGGAAGGAAAAGGCUUGGACAUAGUUGAUUAUUCAUUGUUGGAACAUUCAUACCCUUGUGAAGAAAUUUUGAGAUGCAUUCAGAUUGGACUUCUAUGCAUUCAGGAACACCCAGCUGAUCGGCCAACCAUGCUUGAAGUUGUGUUCAUGUUAGGCAAUGAAACAAGUCUUCCUUCUCCUAAAAAACCAGCAUUUGUUUUCCGAACUCAAAGUGGGCAAGAAUCUUUAAUAACUAGAGGAGAAGUGUGUUCUAUAAAUGAUUGCACAAUUACUAUGAUUGAAGGUCGAUGAAAUUCUAGUAGGAUUUUUGACGGAGAAAGGGUCACGUAUGUAAAUUCUUUGGAUCAAACAUGUUGUCAAUCUUGCAAUGGACGAGGCCUUAAGGUCGAACCACAUAAAUCUUAUCUCCAUUUUUCUUCUCUUUUGUAUAUUGUGUGUUUAUGCGAUUGUAUAAGAGGUACAGAUAUACAAGUGGAUAGAUAUAAAACAGCCUUAUCACAUUUUAA